AUGGCCCAGCCUAAUUUCCCCGCGCUGUCCAGGCCCCUUACACCGCCACGAGGCGGGUCAGGGCAUCCAGGGUACGGCACUCAGUCAUCAAGUAAGUAUGGAAACAGCGAUGUGCGUGCGUCGAACUGCACACUCAACAAGGACAAUUCUGUUAAUGGGAGGGGCACUAAGAGACCAGAACCCAAUGGGAAAUCUGAUUCAGGAAUGGAAAACAACAAGUUCGCCUUCUCGCCCGACCAGCUGGAUAAACUCUUGAACCCUAAGAACUUCGGCGCUUUCGGCACCUUUGGUGGUUUGCGCGGGCUGGAAAAAGGUCUACGAACCAACGUGCAGAGCGGCUUGAGCCUGGACGAAACCGUGUUGGAUGGUACGGUGAGUUUCAACGAGGCGGUUUCACGGACCUUCGUGCCAGCAACCAAGUCUGCCUCCCCAGCCCCAUUAACGCCAUCACGUGAUACUAUUGCGGACGCAUCGCAGGACCGAUUUGUGGAUCGGCAACGCGUGUUUGGAACCAACAAGCUUCCCGAGAAGAAACUCAAGUCCAUCUGGGAGCUCGUGUGGAUUGCGUACAAUGAUAAGGUGCUAAUCCUACUGUCAUUUGCCGCGCUUGUCUCCCUCGUCGUGGGUAUUCCCCAGUCUGUGCGAGGAACGGGCGUAGAAUGGGUAGAGGGAGCCGCGAUCAUUGCAGCGAUUGUUGUUGUCGUGACUGUCGGCGCGGCGAAUGAUUGGCAGAAAGAACGGCAAUUCGCGAAGCUCAACAAGAAGAAAGAAGAUCGGUAUGUCAAGGUUAUCAGGUCAGGCCAGAUAUCGGAGGUGUCGACCUACGAUAUUAUUGCCGGGGACGUGAUGUAUCUGGAGCCGGGCGAUAUGAUCCCGGCAGAUGGAAUUCUGAUUGAGGGGCAUGGUGUCAAAUGUGACGAGUCUUCAGUAACAGGGGAGUCAGACCUCCUUCGCAAAACCCCAGGCGACAAAGUUUAUGAAGCAGUUGCACAAAAAAAAGAAUUGAAGAAGAUGGAUCCCUUUAUCAUGUCGGGGUCCAGCGUUGAAGAGGGUACGGGGACUUUCCUGGUCACUGCUACCGGUGUCCACACGACGUACGGCCGAACAGUCAUGUCUCUCCAGGAUGAGGGCGAGAUCACACCGCUACAAGUCAAGCUAAACGCUCUGGCGGAUUAUAUUGCCAAGGUUGGCCUUACCUCAGGCCUGAUACUUUUUGUGGUGCUCUUCAUCAAGUUCCUGGUCCGCCUCAAGGAGAUUGAGGGUGGUGCAGAGGCCAAAGGUCAGGCCUUUUUGCGAAUUCUUAUCGUGGCCGUCACCAUCGUCGUUGUAGCAGUGCCAGAGGGGCUGCCAUUGGCGGUUACCCUCGCUCUCGCCUUUGCAACAACAAGGAUGAUCAAGGACAACAACCUCGUGCGCUUACUCCGGGCAUGUGAGACCAUGGGAAAUGCCACGACCAUUUGCUCCGACAAGACUGGCACGCUCACACAGAACAAGAUGAUCGUUGUAGCUGCGACUCUGGACACCGCCUCACAAUUUGGAGGCCAACCGUCUUUAAACAAUGCGGCCAGCGCACCAGGCUCAAGGGCACAUUCAGCCUUGGAGUUUGUAUCCACGCUUUCACCAUCGACCAAAAACCACUUGCUCCAAUCAAUCGCCCUCAACUCGACAGCGUUUGAGAGUGACCGCGACGGAGUGACGACCUUUAUUGGAUCUAAGACGGAGACGGCGUUGCUGUCAUUCGCGCGAGAGCAACUCGGGCUUGGGCCAGUGGCUGAGGAGAGAGCAAACGCGGAGAUCGUGCAGAUGUUCCCGUUCGACUCGAGCCGCAAAUGCAUGGCGGUGGUCACUUGCAUGGAUAACGGAAAGUAUCGAAUGAUGGUUAAAGGUGCUGCAGAGAUCCUUCUCCGCCAAUCAGCGCAGAUAGUGCAGGAUGCAACCAAUGGUCUGGCAGCGGUGCCCCUCUCCGAGGAGGCAAAGAUUACGCUAGACACCAUUAUCACCGACUACGCGUCUCGCUCUCUGAGAUGUAUCGCUCUUGUGCACCGGGACUUCGAAAAAUGGCCCCCUCAUGGGAUACCAACGGACGAAAAUGAAAUGGCAGUUUUUGAGCCAAUCUUCAAGGACAUGACGAUGCUAGGCAUCUUCGGCAUCCAGGACCCCGUCCGCGAAGGAGUCCCUGACGCAGUCCGCCAAUGCCAGCACGCCGGUGUUUUUGUUAGAAUGGUGACUGGCGACAAUAUUAUCACAGCCAAAGCCAUUGCCCAGCAAUGUGGCAUCUAUACGCCUGGCGGUGUCGCCAUAGAAGGGCCUGAAUUUCGCGAGUUGAGCCAUGAUCAGAUGAACAAGCUUAUCCCAAGACUGCAGGUCAUCGCGCGGUCAAGUCCAGACGACAAAAAGAUUCUGGUCAGCCAGCUUAAGGAACUUGGCGAGACUGUCGCCGUGACUGGGGAUGGGACGAAUGAUGCGCAAGCACUUAAGACUGCUGAUGUUGGCUUUGCAAUGGGCGUUGCAGGCACCGAAGUCGCCAAGGAGGCGUCAGAUAUUAUCAUAAUGGACGAUAAUUUUACGUCAAUUGUCAAGGCGAUAGCAUGGGGUCGCACGGUUAAUGACGCCGUUAAAAAGUUUCUUCAGUUCCAAUUAACCGUCAACAUUACUGCUGUUAUCCUCACUUUUGUUUCCGCUGUUGCCAGUAAUGAUGAGGAUCCUGUCCUUAGCGCAGUGCAGCUGCUGUGGGUCAACCUCAUCAUGGACACUUUCGCCGCUCUUGCACUUGCAACGGAUCCUCCUUCGCCUCACGUUCUCGAGCGCAAACCCGAGCCCAAAUCUGCGCCUCUAAUCACUCUGACAAUGUGGAAGAUGAUCAUCAGUCAGGCCAUCUAUCAACUGGCAGUGACGCUCGUCUUGAACUUUGCUGGCCAGCACAUUUUCCCAAAGUGGGAUAGCAGAUGUAUUCAGACAGUGGUGUUCAAUACAUUUGUCUUCAUGCAGAUAUUCAACCAGUACAACUGCCGUCGGGUUGAUAACCGUCUAAAUGUUAUAGAGGGCAUUUUAAACAACAGAUGGUUCAUCGCCAUUCAGGUAAUCAUCAUCGGCGGCCAGAUCAUGAUCAUCUUCCUCGGUGGUCAAGUCUUUUCCGUGCAGCGUCUUGACCAGCCCUCACAGUGGGCAGCGACUUAUUUCAUAUAUCUGGCCCCGCUCGAAGGCCCCCGAGCCAGAUAUCUCCGGGGAAAGCCGCCACUACGGGUGGGAUUUGGCAGUAAAAGAAACCCGCGACCAGCUAACGUUCAUGAAGAAGGUCCGAGGCGGACGACUGAGGCAUAUCAUACACAAGCACCCCCAAAUUUUCCUCCAGUCCCGCGGCAGCUCACAAUUCCCGCAUUUUUCUAUGCUCCCAACAGCAGUUGA